AGAGGACCUCAGUCAGUCGAGGUGGGGGCGGCGGAUGUGUGCAGUUAGGUGGAUCCAGUUUAGGAGACUGUUAGGUUCUCAUUUGAUAUUUCCAGUUGCCAACCGAACAAACACAAGCGGCAAGGACAUGUACGGAAAAUUUAUUAACUUAUUGUGAGGGGUUGCUAGUGGAGGUGGGAAUGUUUUCCAUACACUCCAAGCUUUUUGGUGAUGUCUAAAGGUGGCUGGAAGUGGUAAGUAUAUUCGUUGUAUUCCUACUUCUCAGCUGCUCCCCAUCCCAUCAUGUCAUCUCCUCUCCCAAUUUCUCUUUGUCGAUCAACAAGAGUAUGUUGAUGAAUGCUUAAGAGGUUUCAAAAGAGAAGGCAAAGACCAAAAGCUUCACACCAUCAGGGCAGGAACCUCAGCCAAAGCCACAGUGGAAUGACAAUAUUGAAGCCUUAGGAAAUGUAAGUGAAAACAGCUGGAUUUAACCAAGAGAGUUCAUGUGGUGGCUGCCAUAUGUAAUAUUUCAGAAAUAUGCCAGAAAUUUCAGUGAUUAUCUUUGCUUUCAUGCGUUGCUCAGAACAGUAUACAGUGUGCAAAGAGACUUUUCAUAUGUUUUGUAAUCAGGAUGUCCACAAAUGGUUGGACUGUUGGGUUAACCUACAUAUUGCAUGUAUAAUUAAGUAGUGGUUUUGUGUGGAGUAGUGUUGGGGGAUUGGUAAACGGGCACAUGGGCAGUGGUGGUGUGGGAGACGUCGAUGGUGGGCCUUUCAUUAAUUUUUGUUUCCUAAUCAAAAUAACUAAAAUGCACCAUUGAACUUGAGGAAAUCCUACAGUAACUGCCUGAAGUUCCACUUACCUUGUCCCUCUUUAGUUUCCUCUUUAUCAGAUCGAUACCUUGGUUGUGCUGCACCCUCUAGCCCUCAGCACUGUGUAUUGUUGUGUGUGUUACAGCAUUUGCUGCGAUUUAAAAAAUCAAUGGUGGUAGAGCAGAAGACCAACUCUAGACGUAUCUGGACACUGGAAGAACACCUUCAUUAUGGUUAUGACCUGUCCAGUCAACCUUCCUGUAGGUGUCCUGCGACAUGUUUAAAAUUUAUCUCCUUUUUAUGUUCCUGAGCUGGACAUAAAGUCACAGAAUUGUACAGUACAGAAACAGGCCCUUCAGUCCACCAUAUCCAUGAUGGCCUUUACUUUGCCCAUCUACACUAUUCCAAUUUACUUCCAUGAGGUGUGUCUUUCUAUGCCUCCCCUAAUUAAAUGGUCACCUAAAUGCCUCUUAAGCAUAGUGAUUGCCUCUGACUCCACCAUUGCAGCGGAUAAGGGUAAGUAAGAGUUUGAUUUUGAUAAUGUUUUGACUUAAUUGAAUAAAUUUAAUAUGGAGUUAAUCAUUUUUAGUGUCCUUUCAAUUUUAAAAUUUGUUCAAGCUGUUCAAGAUAUUUUUAAAAAUUAACAAUAUUUUAUAAUAAAAUUUAUUAGUCACUUUUGAGUGCUUGUGAGUAUCAGAUAUGGUUGUCAAACUAAAUGUGUGAAUAUAUUAAUGACCAGAAGGCCCUGUACUGUGUGGACCUAGCCAAUCAGCUCAUAAUCAGUUUCCUGGAGUAAGCUGGUAGCGGGUGAGAAAACUCACGGGUGUGAUUUAAGUGAAUAGGGAGCCAGCCCACUUUGAAACAGUCCUUAAAUCUGGAAAAAUUACAAGUCCUCAAAUCACUGAAUAUUAAAUUGCACUUGCUGUAAGGAAACUUUCUCUAGUACCUUGAAUGCACUGAAUUGUGAGGAGCAGAGAGUGAGGAACGCAACACCAUGUACACAGAAUGCUUGAAAUGCCCAACAGACUGGGGACUGUUUUAACAAGCUUAUGUAGAAAACAACGUGCAGGGUAAGUAAGGACUCAAAAUAUUAAUGUGCUUUAUAUCAUUUAAUAGAUGGUGCUUUGAACAAAGUCCAAUGCUGCGACUUGGCAGUAUCUUUAAAAGCAUUUGAAAAAGAUCACUAAAACAGUAGCCUAAAUGGCAUAAGGUUUUAGCUUGUUGAACUUAAAAAAGAAAAGCAUUUUAAAUUAACUGUGGGAGAGGAGCACAAAGGGAACUCCAUGAUCAUGAAGCGUACCCUUGUCCUUUCUGAACGAGGAUAAACUCUGAAGUGGAACUAGGAGAUGUAAUUCUAAAUAAAGAAUAUCGUGGAUGCAAUGUAAUUCAUUUUUGCAUCAUUAAAGUGUCUUAAGGAACUAAUUCACACUCACUGAAAUAAUUCAGUCUUAAAUGAAACAUUUUAUAAAAUGUCUGCAAACCACAGGAUAGAGGUAUGUCAGCUAGUGCUUUGGUGGUGAAAAUGGCCUAUUGGUCUUGUAUAGCCGGUUAAAUAAUUGGAGUAGUUCAGUUGCAUAGCUUCCUAUUUUGUGAUCGAGAACAUUAUACAUUUCCAUAAAAUCAUUUUAAUAGCGCUGGUGAAUUCAGUUUGGAUAUCUUCUGUUCUGCAUAUUGAUCGAUGAGAGAUUUACCUUUUAAUUGUUUGAUUUGUUCUGGUAAAUGUAGUUAAUGGAUGUUACAUUAACAACAAAGCCAGUCAUUUAGCUAGGAUUGUUUUUAACAGUCAUUCUUUUAAAAUGAUCAUUUGGUGAGGAGCAUUUUUAAAGAUUGUUGAGGAAAAAUUGUGUUCAAUAAACACAUAGUAGAAAUGGUCAUUGUAUAAGACAGAGGUCAUUUUCAGGCCAACAAGAUCUGAGUGAUAUUCUGAAAUAUUAUUAAAUAUCAUCAAUGAAAUAAUUUGUUUCAUUUCUGAAACUCGGGUCAAAGCUUAGAAAAUGAAAUGGAAAAACAGCUUUUACAAAUAAAUACCUCAAGUUUCUUUGGAAUUACAUUUGAGUGAACUAGAUGUGUGGACUGCCCCGAUUAGGAGGAAGGAUAGUUCCCGAUACUGGUCAUCUGGCCUUGAAGAUAAAGUUGCAUUUUGUCAAAAUACCAACAGGGCAGUUUCUGCCCAAUAGAACAGGCAAGGCAGAAAUUUCUUUCUGUGGCCGUAUCAAAUGGUGAAGAAUCGUAACAGUAAAAACAUACUGUCCUUCCCAACAGUAAAAUCGUAAUCAAAGUCUGAAAUAUAAGUAACAGUUAGAGAAGAAAUUGUAACAUUUUACAACAUUAUUAUUUUUGAAGCAUUACUGAUAAAUAAGAGGACCAUUCAGUACAUUGAUAAAACUACAUAUUCCCAUUUUAAGUAGGUUUUCUAAAACGAUGUGUUUAUUUAAAUUGAACUGCAGGAAUUUAGGGUGCGCACUUCCUUCACUGUUUGAAUUUAAAGGACAUUCUCAGGACAUGGGAAUUUGGAGGACUGAUGGGCCAUCUGGUUAAGUGCCCAUGCCUGUUCUCCGUCCCCGUCCUCUGUGAUCAAUGUGUGUUCUAUGUUUUCCGCACAAGUGCUUCCUGCUGCCUGUUUGCUCGGGCACUAGGACCGCGCGGAACUCAAUGGCCGAAGUGCUGAAAGUCAAAGCGAUCCUUGCUCGAUGGAUUGGAGUUUUGGUGGUCCUGGAUAUCCGCGCAGCGGCAGAGUAGUUCCCAACAUCUGCAACUGUUUACGAAAAUUGAAAUAAUAGAGAAAGAUAUUGAAAUUCUGGAGUGUACAAAAUAAGCCAAGGAAUUUUUUUAAAGGACCAGUCUACGAGUGCACAGUUACAUUGGAGAAUGGGGAAUUAACCAGGAGAAUAAAAGUCCAAUACUGUACAUUGAAUAACAGGAGAAGGAGCGGAGUGACGAGAGAUGACAGAAAUGGGUGAACUUACAGAGGAGGAUCUGGACUUUUACCUCCAGAAUCAGGUGGAUUUGCGACGUCGAAAAGUUUCCAAGACUGAGGAAGAAGUUUAUACCAUUGUGGAGAAGCUGACUUCAGUGAUCAGCACAGAAGAUAGUCGUUUUCAGCCCAUUUCUCAUUCUGGAAUUAAUAAUGAAAAUAUUAAGGAUCAGCUGGCUGUUGUCACUAAAUGGUCAGCUAUUCUGACAGGAAAACGAGCCCAGAAUGCUGCCAUCCAGGUUCAGUCACCGUCACAGCUUUUCAUUAUGAUUCCGGUGCGAGGUCUGGCGGCCUAUACAGAACGGAGGCUGCGCCAGUGGCGCUAUUAUACAUUGAGUGGCUCCAAGCUCAUCUCGCCUGUUCAGGAGCCUGAGAAGCUUCAUCAGUGGUUGGAGGUGGAUCAAUUCCUUAAGAGUUCUCAAGAAUGGCACCAAUCAGACGUCACUAUUGAAGGUGACAUUGUUCCUUCCAAAGUCAUUGCUAUCUGCAAAGCACUGCUUGAGAACACAAUCCAAUCUUCUAAUUUUCAAGGUAAGCAAGGAAAAGUCAAUAUCUUGGAAAGUGUUGGCCCUACCAUCCGACUUGCUGUGGAAACGUCAGAACAACAUGUGGAAGUGGAGCUGGUACCAGCCAUCGAAAUUGCCAACCACUGGCCAAAAAAGGCACGCUGGCCACGGUUCCUGAAGCGUUGGCCAUCAAAAGAAAAGGCUCGAACUGUUAAGUCUUUUGGAUUUAAUUUAUUGGCAAGAUCAAAUUACCACUGGCAGCUCUCAUUCACACGUGCAGAGCAGGAGCUAUUAGAGGAUGCGGAUGAUGAUGGUGGCUGUCGUCUAAAGUGUUUACAAGUCAUAAGAAAACUGAAGGAAGAUCACUGGUGUCCUGGAAAUAAACCAGUCAUUACAUCCUAUCAUCUACAGACAUUAUUGUUUUGGACCUGUGAGAAAUAUCCACGCUCUAAAGAUUGGAAAAAUUUCCAGAAGUGCUUUCUGCGGUUGGUAAAGAAACUUCAGAAAUGCGUGCUGCAGAGAUACCUCCGACAUUACUUUGUAAAGAGUUACAACCUGUUUAAAUAUGCUAACACAAAUGAACUGGACAUAACAUCCCAGAAAAUCAAUGACUUCUUGAUGAACCCUGGUGUGUUCUUCCACUGAAUCUCAUAGGCUUUUAUGUUAGCAAAUGAUGGGUUCCACUGCUCUAAACAUUUUGAAGCCCCAUCUUUUACCGAUCUUAAAAUUGUGUUGUUAUUUUUAAUACUGGUCCCAGAUAUUACCAAUGAAUUAGUUACUACACAACUAUUUCUGCCAGAUUUCUUUCCAUAGUUUUAAUAAGACUCCAACCGCCACCAAAAUUAAAGAGACAGAAAACUAAGAUUCUUAUGCAUUUAUUUGUUUACAUUGCUAACAUUCUUUUUCUGUAAUGUGAUAAAAGAUUUAAACAUCUUUGUUUGAAAUGACUUGUUGCUCUGGACACUUAUUCUACAAAGAAUAAUUAGUCUUUUCAAAUUGAGCAUUUUUUAUCUGCUUUUGCUGUGCAAUGCUUUUUUUAAAAAAAUGUGUUACCUGCAGCCACUGUUCAGUAUUCAAUGAAUUAUUAAUUUCCAGGGACCCAACAAUUGCCAUUGAGUAUCUAAAAUAUUUAGUAAACCAAAUUAAAGACACUUUCAAAACCUCUAAUUUAACUCAUUUAUUCCCACUACUGCACUUUACCAAUAUUUACGUAUUUCUUCUUUGAGAAUCCUACUGUUCAGCCCAAGAUAUGUAUUAAAUAAAGAAUUUACAAAUGGAAAGGAAAUUCCAAUAAAUUUCACUGCUGCUUUUAAAAUUAAGGUAUAUUCUGAAUAGCUGAAGAGUUGAUAAACUUAUUGGGAUGUAAUUUUUUGAAAUAGAUAUUGCUGCUACUCAUUUGCAGUUCUGGACAGCUCAGUAUUCAAUUGGUGGAGAAGUAUUCAUACAUUUGUUUCGAGAAGAAUUUUAGAUAUUUAAAUUUUUGCUUAAUAUUUGAGGUUUGAGAUGCUUUCAUCCUUUGAAGUAUUUUAAUUUCUUUUCAAUGUUAUGGACAAGUUUUGUAGUAGAUUAAGCCAAAGGAAUGCAAGUAAGCACACCAGAGGCUCGUCGGUCGCUGCCAAUCGGAUUACACUGAUGCAGUACACUGGAAACUAAAUUUGCAUCAGUGCCGGACAUUCCUUAUCACAGAUUUACUGUUCAAAUGUUACUGCUUGCUGGUUAUCAAUUUUGAAAUUAAAAGGACAGCUGCACGAGCCACACACACAAAAUGCUGGAGGAACUCAGCAGACCAGGCAGCAUCUGUGGAGAAAAGUACAGUCGACCAUUUUUACUAUAAAGAAUGUUGCCACACAUUUUGGUGCCAACAUGCCUGGUGGAAUAACACAGAACACAACAAC